AUGAAAAGAAUGAGAACGGCUGCAGAUUCUGAUAGUGCUACAUCGGAGAGUGAUGUUGAGAAUUCGUAUAACACUGACAACGAAGUGGAAACUGAUUCUGCGUCAGAAAGCGAUUCUGAUAAUGUAGAUGAUAGUGAAGUAGGUGAUGAAUACGAAAGCGAUCCAUGGGCUUCUUUAAAAGUUGAAGCAGCCCAGCAAAGUUUAUCGGAAUUCGAAGAACUAACGCAGAAUUUCACUGCAGAAGGUUUUGACGAAAACGAAGCUAAAGACAAAGCACACUUACUUAUCCUACCAAAACUUCGUAAAGAUUUGCAGAAUAUUUAUCUGGAACGUCUACUAUGGAUAAGACACCUAAAGAGGGAUCCAGUACACAAAAAGAUUAUGGAAACCAGGGAUGUCUUUGUCAACGAUGAUAAUUUCGACCACAGGGAAGCGUUAGAGGCCGCUAUUGACAAGAGAAAAUUUCUUUUGAGACUUUUCAGAAACACAUGGUCUCCUAGAAACAUUGACUUUUAAUGGUUGUUUGUGUUUGGUUUAUAAAAUAAAAUAAAAUAAAAUAAAAUAAAAUAAAAUAAAAUAAAAUAAAAUAAAAUAAAAUAAAAUAAAAUAAAAUAAAAUAAAAUAAAAUAAAAUAAAAUUGGCAAACCAUUUGGCAGACGUCCAUGAACUUUCUUCCGAAGAAAGACAACCUUAUCUUAUUCGUGCUAAGCCAACAGCUUUAGACUUAGAAAAUGUUUUAGCAGAGUUGUACAGAUUAAUUGGGUACAGUAAAAAGCAGUCAAAGUGGAAUAAAAGUGGAAUAAAGAAUAUACCCAUCCGUCAACCAAAAUCCUCCAGGAAGUGA